AUGAAUACAGGCAGUGCUGAAAAGGUCGUUGGAAAAACCGCGGAAGAACAAGAUUUUGCGGCUAGUGGAUCUGGGUCCAUCACCAGUCCAACUAUGACAAACAGUAGGCGUGCCAGAAAGAAGAGACGAGAAGCUCAACAGGAGUUUAACCAUUCUUGGAUGGCUGGAGCACUGAAGGGGCAUACAGCCCCUGUUCUUGACAUGCAUUUUUCAAGCACCGGCAAAUACCUCGCUAGCUGUGCCGAAGAUUGCGGUCUGAUGCCAGAAGAGGAGCUGGACCUGGUGAAGAGCAGCAAGAAGAGCAAGGCUUCCACAACGUCUUCACUGACAAAGGAGCGUGAAGAAAGGAUGCCCUUGAGUCGCCGUCAACGAAAAAAUCGUACGCGAGCCCCGCGAGAUCAACUUGGAGAACGAGAGGAUGAUCACCACGAGAGUCCCAGUGACUCGCCCAUCUUAAAUUCAAAUCGUCACCACUGGUUACAACGGCAUGAUUGUCACUACCAGGACGCGCCUGACAGGAACACUUCUUCAUGUUUCGAAAAAAGUAAAAACCAAGAUGACGUCCAACUUCAAUCAAAUGAGUCGAAAGAUACUACAAAAUUCAAAAACAAAAGUAAAAACAUUCUCGCAGACAUUUCAACAAUUAGCAAAUGCAAAUCCAAGAAAUCGUAUCUGAGUCCUCAAAGAGAGAAGUUAAAAAACUUGAACGAUGCUACGCUCGAGUGUCUACUUCGCGGAUACUCGCUCAGCGAUGAACAAAUGUCUCACGGUGGAUAUCCUAUCCAGUACAAAGGUAGACCGAAUUACGCGUUUAUUCACAGCUAUCAAGGUCUCCUAAACCACCGCAGUCGAAGCCAACGUUUGGAUGUUAAUGCAAGAGAGUUUGUUCCUGGAAGCACUCUGAGUUCUUGGAAUGCGGUCGAAAGUGAAGCUGAUAGUGGAAACGGCAGCGGAAGCUCUGUCGAGAAUUCUGAUCUCGAGCAGGAGAGUUUCUCCGACAGUGAUAAGUUUGACAACAGUGAGUUAUGUUCUUCCUCAUCUAGUUACCAGGAUCAUUGCAUUUUACCAGGUCCAAACCUGUUAAGCAGAGGACGUCAGUCUGAUGCCUACAGAGUUCAAAGGAAAUGCGCGCGUUGCUUCCUACAGUUUUACAUUGAUGCUAGAACUGGGGAAUACUUUGAUGAACAAGAGUGUGUCUACCACUGGGGCAAACGCCGAAAUGGAUCCUGGGAGUGCUGCCGGGCAAGGCAGUACGAUGGAGUUUGGGGAUGUACCACAGCGAAGAUGCACGUCUGGACGGGCAUCAUACCUGGCGUGACUAAUGGACCUCUUGAGGGGUACGUUUCCACGAGAUCCUUAGGCAAGGUUCCGGAGAAUAGGUGUUAUGGGGUUUAUGGUCUUGAUUGUGAAAUGUGCUUCACAAAUCGUGGACUCGAGCUGGCCAAGGUGUCCGUUGUUAGCUUAAACGGCACUUUGGUGUAUAAUGAAUUCGUGAAACCGGACGCAGAAGUAAUCGAUUACAAUACGAAGUUUAGCGGAAUUACUGCCAAGGACCUCGCUAAUGUCUCUAAAACUUUAAAGGAUGUUCAAAAUGACCUUCUGAAGUUCAUUCAUGCAGAAACAAUCCUGAUUGGGCAUGGACUGGAGAAUGACCUACGUGCUCUGCGUAUUCUGCACGAAAUGGUCGUUGAUACUAGUUUUGCCUAUCCUCAUGACCUUGGACCUCCCUACCGAAGGAGCCUUAAGACUUUAGUACAUAUUAUGCUCGGGAAGGAUAUUCAAACUGAGACUCACGAUUCGAUUGAGGAUGCCAGAAUGGCUAUGGAACUCAUGCUCUGCAGACUACAGUUGGAUUUGAAAGAGGCUGCUGGAUACGGAAUCUAUCUCUGUAUGAAGGAAGGGCUGCAAGAAAUAAGCCCGUGGCCACGACGCAGUUAUUACUGUCAAGCGUAAUACGAAUAGACUUGACUUAAACCGCACAAAGAACGAAACUCAAGGAAGGAAGGAAGAAAUGGAAGGAUGGGAUCGAAUCGAAAUCCUCGCCAAGUUUGUAUUCCGCCAGUGUU